CCGCAUUUGGCAGUUUAUUUUUGGCAUUUGUGGCUGAUCAAGUCAUCCGCUGGCCUCUGUGAUAGGUACGUCGCUGCAAAAGGAACGACUGAAAACUUCGUACCCUUCGUUGCUGUUUUGUUCACAUCAAAUCGAUCAUGCAGGAUCCAAAUGAAGACACUGAAUGGAACGACUUGCUUCGUGCCAAGGGUAUUCUUCCUGCAAAGGAGCCAGAGGUUACUGAAGAGGCCCUAACCGAAAUGAUUGAGCAAACUAUUCAAGAAAAACAAAGCCUUGAUGCACGACUAGGAAACCUGUCAUUGGAAGGACUGGCCGAAAUUGAAGAUGAUGAAGACGAGGCUAUUAUCUUAGAGUUCAGAAGGCGCAGGCUUGAGGAAAUGAAGAAAGAAGCUGAAAGUUCCAAGUUUGGAGAAGUUAUCGAGAUAAGUGGAGUAGAUUACAUCAACCAAGUAAACAAAGCUGGCACUGGCAUUUAUGUCUUCCUUCACCUCUACAAGCCUGGCAUCCCGCAGUGUACUCUCAUCAACCAGCAUUUCACUAUACUAGCUGCAAAGUUUCCCAAGGUUAAAUUCAUCAAGUCCAUCUCAACAACAUGCAUCCCCAACUUUCCUGAUCGUAACUUGCCAGCAAUCUUCGUCUACUUUGAAGGAGCCGCCAAGAAACAGUUCAUUGGACCACAAGAAUUUUCUGAUAGAAUAUCGUGUGACGAACUGGAAUGGAUGCUGUCCAAGACUGGAGGCAUCAAGACAGACCUUGAGUCUGAUCCUCGCGGGGCGAAAGUUCGUGAUGUCUUCAUGAGCUCCUUAGGCAACGCACGCACGGCUGACAGCGGCGAUAGCGACGAAGGCGACUGGUAGCAGUGGCUUUGAAAACAUAUUCUCAUGUGUUUAUAUCAAACUCAACAUGACUCUGUUCAUUAUGAGAAAAUUAUGAACACGAGUUUUUAUUACUUACAAAUAGCAUUUGAUUGUUCCAAUUUCUCACCGUUUGAAUUGGUUAUCGUGAACUACCGCCCCAAGAUUAAUGCCCAAUAGAAAUAAGAGGCUCCUUUUACAUUUCUUUCAACUCGUUUUUCAUUUAAUGGCGAGAGAAAGAUCAUGUUCGAAAUUGUGAUGCCUACAUUUUUUUGUGGUUGCGCAAGACUAAUUUUGAUGCUGAAAUUAAAAAAAAAAUGUUGUGUCAAAAGAAAAGUUUCGGGGCAUUGGAUUAGUUGUUUAUCGAGAACUACUGAGCACUUACAAGUUACUAUUUAAUCUGAAACCUCUCACAAUUGGAUAACAAUCCGCUGCAUAUUAGCCACGAGUUAUGACGGUGUGUAUAUGCAGCAGAAGAUAUUUUUUUUAAUUUGAUUAAAGUGUGAAUUUAUUUUAUUUUAUAGUGCCUAACAUAACAACGUCCGACUCCUGCUCGCCGUUUUUAUUUGACAUCUUUUAUAAAUGUUAUCGACUAUUCAUGGCUCUUGUCUCAACGUCCAUGCUAACAUUUGGCCACGAGCAUCUUUUUUUCUGAGAGAACUUGCUUACAAACAAUUCAUUAAGUCAGAUCCGUUGACAGGGUAAAAUUUUGUCCUACAAUGCCUUAAACUAACAAUCCAGGUUGUUAUUAUGUAGAGUAGAAUGUGUGUUUAAUUUCUGUUGCUUGUUUUUACUGAUCUACUAUUUAUACGUUGCAAAUCA